UUUGGUUUGUUCAUCCGUUUCCUUCACGUUAAACCUGCUAGCUCAAGAGGCACAAAGUUCCCAUCCAAAUCUCUACACACUCAUCACUCGUUACCCAUUUUUUUUUUUCAUCUUCUUCGAUUAGCAAUUUACGAUCAUCUUAUCCCUCAAAAUACCCAAAUUACGCUUGUAAAAUCAAGGGAAAUUGCCAAAAUUCUGUUCCAGAACAAGAAGAGGAAAGCAAAUGGAGAAAGCUAAAGCUUUUCUUGAAUUAACCCAGGGAGAAUCGGACCGGGUUUCGUCUCUUGCUUUUCCUCCUCAUCGGCUCGGUACCGAGUGUAGCUUCUAUGAGUACUAUUCUCUCAGAGGGAUCCGGGUUGACCGAAUUGAACCGGGUCAACUUUUUUGCACCUUCAAAGUUCCUCCUCGUCUCACUGAUAGAGAAGGGAAACUAGCAUCUGGUGCCAUUGCUAAUCUAGUUGAUGAAGUUGGGGGUGCGGUAGUCUACGUGGAGGGUCUCCCCAUGAAUGUAUCAGUGGACAUGUCGAUUUCAUUUCUUUCAAGUGCAAAGGCUGGUGAUGAGUUGGAGGUUAUUGGUAGAGUCUUGGGUCAGAAAGGAGGAUAUUCCGGGACAAGUGUACUUGUGAAAAAUAAAACAACGGGGGAGCUCAUUGCUGAAGGGCGGCAUUCAUUAUUCGGUAAACAUGCUAGUAAAAUGUGAAGUGUAUUUCUCUGGACCAAGAUGCCUGUUUGAAGAUGUACUUCAGUUUCCAGCUUCUGGUCUAGACGUAUGUUUCGUUCGAACAUUUAUUGAGCAGCAUUAUACUUGUGAGGAACAAGUCCAAUGUAAAUAUUUGCUUGUUAAUGGAGGCAUUUGGUGCUGAUUACCAUUGCAUUUAUUAUAACUUCAUGUAUACUGGACAUAUAUUGAGUUUAGGAUUGAAGCAUAGUUGAUUGAUAUAAGAUUUUAUCAACAGUGAGAUAAACGCUCAAACAUAUAUUUUGCAGGAAUUGCAAUUGCCAUAUUAUUCAUCAAA